GCCUGCAGAAAAAGUAACAGCGUCUCCCACCGGCGUAGUGAAUUUAAACGUAGAGUGAUGUGAGUACGUAGAGGCGGGCGGGUUAUGAAACAGUGUUAGCGAAGGUUGGCUAACGUUACCGAGCGUCGGUGACGCCAACGGCUCUGGACGCAGCCGGAUACGUCGUUAAAGUGACUCGAACACGACGAGACGGUAAACCGCUAACGUUAGCUAGUUAGUGAGGACAGUCACAACUAGCUGUUAUUACAGGUCGGUCGGCACUACAAGUGUGGUGUUUGGACCCGGAUCCCACUGCCCGGAGCUCUUUGCCUUUCGCUUCGCACACCCAGGAUCGGUCUUCCUCGAACUGCGUGGCUGAUUUAAUGGCAGCCACGGCCAGUGCCCGGCGGUUACCCCUGGGCGUGCGGACGUUUAGUGACUUACUCCAGAUCGCCUCUGUGGGAUCCACUCGCUCGUGUGGGCUGCAAAGAGGAGGAUGCCUGCGACAGAACAUCAGACACUUGUCGUCAUGCGGCAUUUUGAUGACAAGAACUCCCAAAGUGCUCUGCCUUCACGACUCGGACACAAUGACCACGGCUCCACAAAGAAGAAACUUCUUCAGCCUGAUCAACAAAAGGAAGGAGUACUCCGAGCGUAGAAUACUUGGGUUUUCUAUGCUGGAAAUGUAUGAUGUAGUUGCCAAUGUUGACGAUUACAAGCACUUUGUGCCGUGGUGUAAGAAGUCCCAGACCAUCAUGAAAAGAGCAGGCCACGCCAAGGCUCAACUUGAAGUCGGAUUUCCUCCAUUUGUGGAGAGAUACACGUCUAUGAUCACUAACGUCCGGCCUCAUCUCGUCAAAGCAGUGUGUACGGAUGGAAAGCUAUUCAAUCACUUGGAGACGAUAUGGCGCUUUAGUCCUGGUAUUCCUGGUUACCCUCGCACCUGCACGGUAGACUUUUCUAUAUCCUUUGAGUUCCGCUCUUUGCUGCACUCCCAGUUAGCCACCAUGUUCUUCGACGAGGUUGUAAAGCAGAAUGUCGCUGCGUUCGUGCGGCGCGCCGAUAAGACCUACGGCCCAGAGACUCGCAUCCCGCGAGAGCUGAUGUUUCACGAGGUGCAUCAGACGUGAUCUCAGCAGCUGCAUGUUUUCAUCUGGCCUUAAAGCACACCAACCUUUAUUCCCUUUAUCAACCAAACCCGCAUGAUGCCUCUUUGUCGCUCAUCAAUUCACGUCUCCAGCUCCACGUAGAAAUCCUGGACCCUGAAGAUGUUAGACAUCCAACUCCAGGAAGCAUUUGGUUGGAAUUCCUUCCUCAACACAUUCUCGUUUCUCUCCUCUGUGUGUUCAGUCUGUCCGCCGCCACUCAAAGGCUGCUUGUUUGUCAGAAGGAACCCACCAUUGCUCUCGCUUUCAGUUACACGCUGUCAACAAAACAGUCAAUCAUUGCGACAUCAUGUUACCAAUGCUAGAGUGGACUAUUACCGUAAACAAAAAGCACAUUGACACUGAACCAAACGGUCUUCUGCUGUCUGCAGGGAUCGAGUCUUAUCGUGUGAUCUCAAGGUUGAAUGCCACAUCGACACGAUAUCAAAUCUCAGUGCGUCAGCUGCUCAGACCCGACGAGGAAAGCAGAAUCGUUGCCUCUGCUUUUAACAUUGACAUUAUUUUCAAAGUGACGUUUCAAUAUAUUAUUUGAAAUAUAGUACAUAUAAUUAGUGGUCAUUGGCAAAUUCUUACUGUUUUAUUAGGGGGGGGGGGGCCUUGAGUGUAAAAAUAUCUUUGACAUGCACAAUGUUUCACAGGGAAAAAGGUCAUUUCUUUAUUUAGUCAGCUGUGCCCUCCACUCACUUGAGGUUUGGAACAUUUUGCUUUUACUUGGAUGCUGAUGUGCUGUGAGAAUUGUGCUUUUGGACAUUGAGACUUGGCCUGCCGAUUACAACAAUGUCUUAUUUUACAGCCCAGAACGAGUAACUAUUAGGAGAAUAACAUAAGAGGGGAAUAUAAACUUUGCACCAACAACAGCGUCUGAUUGACUGGAGAGUAUUGUGAAAUACUGUAAAUGGGGAUUAAAAAUCGAGCAUAUAUUUUUCCCAGGUUAUCACGAAAUUAUAACAUACUUUUUAAAAUAAGGUGAUCUGUUGUGAUAAGAUCAAUAUUUAAUACAUGCUGUAACAGAUUCCCUAGUGUUUUCUUGUGUAUUUUACAGUUCACUGAAGGUCAUCAGAAGGAUGUUGGAGUUCUAUCAAGAACAUUGUUGGUAUUAAAUAUACUUGUGGCCUUCAGAAUAAAACAUCAUCAUUGUCUAUGGGUUUCAUGCUUAUUUUUGGUCAAGUUGAGCUUUUACUUGUACACAUUAGAAUGCAUUGAUAUAACUAAGAAAGAGGCAAAAACUGUUUGUGUAGCAUUACUCAUGCAUGACUUUAAGUUGGGAUUUAUAUUUCAUUUGUAAGCAGCCCGUGGCUUUAUUCCUUUGGUUCAUUGAUUGUAUCUGUUGCUUUUAGUGUUGACCAUGUUCAGGUUGCAAAAUGUCAAUGGAAAAAGUCAGCAUGUGACCUUUGUCAUAAUAGGCAGUACAUUAUGUCCACAUGCUCAUACCCUUGUGAAACUAUCUUUUCAAAGCUGAUGUGCUUUAUGCUAAGUUGAUUGGAAAUUAAGAAUAGUUCAUAAUCAAUGUAUGACAAAGGUUAAUUCAAUAAAAAUCCAUCUGGGAAUCACUGGCAACAAAAUAAACAAUCAGUCCAACUUUUAAAAAGAUUGUUCAAUACUAUUUUGAGUGUUGUAUCUUUAUGGAUUAAGGUGUGGCGCUCAUCAGUGAUGUUGGAACUUGUACGAAUGCAUUUUCAUCCCAAGUUUGUUGAAACAUGUUUUAUUCUCGGUAUGUUGCUGAGAUGGAAUUUCUUGCCAAGUUUCAUUCUUAUAGUUUCCAAUAAUCUGUAAAUCCAAAAGUUAUUUUAAUAAACCAAAGAAAUAUUUAGAGUAUUAUAUGAUCACCUCAGCGCUCCAACUCCACAGGAAUGGCAGUUGUGUGAAUGACCAUUGGUCUCACGGCAGCAGUCUUGUAUGUAUACAGGGAUGGAGGCACUUUGCUGUCACUGCUGCUACAAUAGAAUAUCAUUUUUCAUACACUUCAGCUCACACUUUUAUCUGUUGAAAGCUUAAGUAAAUACGGUGUGUAUUUCAGAGCUUUAUUUAAAUAAAACAAUUGGAAUGUA